AUGUCAGCUACUUCUACAGGAGGUGAAACAGCACUUGCGUUUGGUGCCAAUGGUAUUAGCGGCACUGCUUCGGUAACCCAAUUUGUUCAAACCAGCACAAGCGAAUGGAGUCAGAUUAUUGCCAUCUCGCGCCAAUUUGCCAAAAUUGUGAUCGAUCAUGAUGUUAAAGAAGCGUACCACGCGUUCUAUUACACCUAUCUUGACAAGCCUGCAGAACAAAAACUCCUGAAAGUAAAUUUGGAGCUUUUAUCCAAAACGUUGGAAGCUGUGGCUGCAGCACUAUUUGUUGAGCAUGGUGACGACGCGCCUCGUUUGGAUAAAGACUCAAACUCUCACUUUCCACAAGAAGACCUGACAAAAUAG